GAUACGGUGCUUCAUCACUAGAUGCUAAGCUGCCAAAUGAUACUAAGAAAUAACUCGUAGGAGCCUGUUUGACCACACUAACCAUUUAUAAUGAUGGACGAGGGAACAGAGCUUUCUGUCACAAUCGCCCAGAUUGUCCAGCGGCUGAAAGGAGCUCAUUUACACUCACAGCUGGAGAAACAAGCCAGAGAAUGUUUACACAGACCGGAGAUCAAACUAGAGUCCCUAAAAGAAGAUGUGCGGAAUUUCCUCAGGUCUUCAGGUUGGGAGAGAAAGUUGCAGAACGCAGUCUACAGAGAGCUGCACAUUUUGCCUCCUCCUGGGCACCCUGCAGCUCCCCCUGAGCACACUAAAGAGCCCCUGGCGUACAUGCGCAAGGCCCAGGCAAGCUGGGAGAAGCGGAUUCUGAAGAGUUUGAACAGUAUGUGCACUGAGUUGGGUGUUCCACUGGCCCGGAAGAGGCCCAUUUCAGAGCAGAAGGAGCUGACGAACAAAUGGAAUGAGAUGGGCACUGAUGAACCAGAUCUAAGCAAGUUUAGGCCUGUCUAUGCACCCAAAGAUUUCCUAGAGGUGUUGAUCAGUCUGAGGAACCCCAAUCAUGACUGCAGAGAGGGGCUCACUGCCAGGAGCCACUGGGGCCUUAUUCAGAUCUCCCUCAAUGUCCGUGAUAUUCCACAGAUGAGAGAGGCUUAUCCAGAACUCAGUCUGACAUGCUGCCAGCUCGGCAUAGAUGAUCACGCACACAUUCCCCCAGAUUUGUUUGAAAGCGAACACAUUCGUAUCGGGAAGAAAGUGGUGAGUGAGCAGGACAGUGCGGCGGCUCAGCAGUACAGCAGGCAGGGGUGUCCCACUGGCCUCAGAGCUCAGCUAUGGGCUCUAAUCCUCAACGCUACUAACGAACCUGAGGACAUCAUGCAUUAUGAGCAACUGAAGGCUGCAGUUAUACACCAUGACCUGCUGGUGGACAAUCUAAUUUAUAAGGAUGUGAAGCUGACUGCAAGUAAUGAUGACUAUUACUUUGUGUUUGAAGACUUUCUGUAUCAGGUCCUGCUGUGCUUCUCUCGAGACACUGCUGUUUUGGAGCAUUUCAGCUACAAUAGUGCCACCCCUCCUAAAUCCUACAUUCAGGGCAAGACUGGUGCAGAGGAGUUUGCUGUAGUCUACCCUCCAAACGGUGUUAUCCCCUUCCAUGGCUUCUCAAUGUAUGUGGCUCCUCUGUGUUUCUUGUACAAUGAGCCGUCUAAGCUGUAUAGUGUAUUCAGGGAGAUGUAUGUGCGCUACUUCUUCAGAUUGCACUCCAUAUCCUCCUCACCCUCGGGUAUAGUUUCUCUUUGUUUGCAGUUUGAGAGGCUACUGCAAAGCCAUCUUCCUCAGCUCUUUUAUCAUCUACAAAAGAUUGGAGCUCAACCAUUGCGGAUCGCCUUCAAGUGGAUGGUUCGGGCUUUCUCAGGGUACCUUUCCACUGACCAGCUGUUGUUGCUAUGGGACCGUGUCCUAGGUUAUGAUUCCUUAGAGAUAGUUGCAGUCUUGGCGGCCGCCGUCUUCGCCUUCCGAGCCGAAAAUCUGAUGGAGGUGACAUCACUGGCUUCAGCUGAGGCCGUCCUUGCUGACCUCUCAACCCUAAAGGUCAUGCCUCUCCUGCAGAUUUUCCUCUUUGCUUAGGUCAUGUGCAUGUGGGUGCUGCCUCCGUGCGGUCUGCCAAGCUGUGCCCAUGCCAACUAAGUCAUUUGCAGCAAACCUUUCAAAUAUAACAGGAUAACUUUAUGAAAACAUAACAGAACAGAAACAACGUUCUGCACGCUACCAAAACAGAAGCUUGACUUUAUUUUUAAAUCAGGCGUCAUGUCAGUCAGGCCAACAAGUACCUUAUUAGGCUGUUUUACAGGAUUUAAUAGAUUCUUUAGAUAUGUGAAUUGUGUCAAAUUGCACACAUAAGUAUUAGUUAUAAGUACAGUAAAAAAACUAAUUGAACUCAGAUACAUUUAUAUGAUGAAAAUGCCACCUUUGCCAAUUCAUUAUUUAUAACUGAUAUGCUUAAAUAUUGUUUCCUUUUUAAAAAUAUCCUACAAAGAUAUGCCUUAUCCAGCAAUGUAGUAUUAAUAUCCUAAGCUAAAUGGAAAAAGAAUGCUAUAAUACAUAGUACAGUCUUAAAGCAUUUGGGAGUGAAAUGCAUGUACUUUAACAUCCCAGUUGCAGUAAUUAAGUACAGUUACAAGCUGGCCUGUGUCACUUUAUGACUGAUU